ACACUUCUAGGUGAAAAUUACCAAAUUUUGCAAUAUCAAGGAGCAGAAUAUCCCCACAAAAGCUUUUGGAUAUCACUAAUAUACUCCCACGCAAAAUUCGCUGUCACGCACCCAUAAAAUUUUAAUCGCGUGACUCCUUCUUGAUGUCUGGCCGGGAUCUCCCUGCAACUAUAAGUUAAAGGCCAUUGGGGGUAAUAACCCUUUUGUACAUAAACAUAUAACACACAAAGCAAUAUAUCAUUUACUAAUAAAACAACUCCCUCUCGGCCGUCUCUCGGUGUGUGUGUAGUCUUAAGAGAGUGUAUAGCCCAGAGCUUCCCCUUGGUUCGAAGGUUGAUUUAAAGUUCAUUAUGCCUCUUGGUUUAAAUUCCUUGACCAAAAAUAACUAGACUACAACAAGUGACUAUUAUACUUAUCAACGUUCAGUAUGACCCUACGGGCUGGAUACGAGCCGCUUCUUGAAGCAAUAAGAGACGCGGACAUCCCAAGUCUAGAGCGCCUCCUAAGUACGAACCAGUACUCAGUCAAUACAGAGAUUCCAUAUCAGUCAGAGGACGGCAAGCCCUACAUUAUAACCCCACUGUAUUGGGCAGUAAAGGUUGGCCAGCCCUCCGUCUGUCGAUUUCUGCUCCACAAAAAGGCCGACCCUUAUCGUCACAUGGUAUACGAGUAUUACCCCCUACAUGAGGCCUGUAGCCGUGGGAAUAAGGAGAUCGUCCAAGAAUUCAUAUGGGGAGGGUGUAAUCUAGAUCAGCCUAACUGUGACGGUGACACACCUCUUCACAUUGCCUCCAUGAGGGGACACGUUGAGUGCAUUAAGCUCCUGUUAAACGCCGGAGCAAAUUACAAGGCAAGAAACAGCAAAGGAGAGACGCCACUUGAAGCUGGACGAUAUACGAACCAAACGGACUUGCACAAGUUAUUUGAGGUCUUUGACAAAGGACACGUACAUGUACAUCAGAGAGUGUCUGGCCUAUCUUCUUCCUCGAGGAUACGCUCCUCCUCAACAGAGACAACCAACACACGUCUAACACCGCCAAGACAACUCCUCUAUCCCUACGCUAACGGUAGUCGUGAUGACAGCUCUGUGGGCGGAGCCAGCUAUGGUCCAAAACGAAAAACAGAUGUUUCCAGAACUUAUAGUUUCUCUGGGGCGGAGCCUUCUCGUUGCUAUGCCAACCUGAGGGAGCAACCGAUUACGUAUGGGAGCAGCAACGGGAGGGGUAAGUCUCCUUCACCCACGUCUCUCUUGUUACAAGCACAGACCAGGACCUCUCCUCAGAGAUCAAGCCUUGCCAACAUGUCGCACGACUCUCAACUCAUACUACCAACUCAAACGCUCAUAUCAGAUCCUCGUAGGACCCAGACGUAUCAUGAUUUCGGAGCUUCCCUCCCUUUCUCGGAAGACCCCCUCCACUUGCACUCCUUGAUUCACCACUCUCCUAAUGAGAUUGAAUGUGACUCCACCUCUGCCCUCUCCCUUCCUCCUGCUUCUCGUCUCUCGGCUCCAAAACUCCGCGUCCAAAACAUGAUCCAUCAUCUAAACGAGACGGUCUCUGUUCAAUAUGGCGGUGGAUUAGACUCUGUUCAUGUUGCCUCGCUAUUGAGCUCAGUUCAUAAUGACCUUGGCUUCGAUACUAAAGAAUAUGAAUCACUUUGCAGUCUCACCGGGGAGUUUUGUAGCAAAAGGUUGAAGGAAACUAGCAGACAUCUUGAUUCAGCCAUUGAGUACGUCUGGGGCUGUGAUUAUGAAAUACUUUCAAACGAGACGACAGCUGGUAGUCCUAUUAGCGUAGCUCAUGGCAGCCCAACUCCAAAUUACGCCGAGAUGGUUUUUAAAGUCAAACUUCAUCCUCAAGCCUCCAGCGAGAAGUCAUUACAAAAUAGAGCAGUUUUACUAAGAGUAAUUACUAAAAUAUUUGACCUCGGGGAUAAAGACGUGUCAGAACUCUACCACUCGCGAUCCUACAUGAAGACAGACUGCACUGAGCCUUCAAUCCUUACCUCACUACCGCCACACCCAAACAUACCUCGUCUACUACACUACUGUCCCGCACACUCAAGACCCUUUGAACGAUUCACGAGAAACUUUUGUCCGGACGAGAGCCACAUAUCGCUCAAGAUGGCGCCCGAAGUCCACCUGUUGUUUCUUGCAGAUAGUUAUUCUUCGUUUCAGUCUUAUCUCUCCACUAAACAACAGUUACAGCCUGUAGCACCUUAUGGUUUCAAGGAACGGACGGCAGUAUUGCUACUGACUCAGUUGUUUCUUACCCUCUCCCAUUUGGACCAAUAUGGCAUCAUUGUGACACACUUGUCUCCAAGUGAUAUUCUAUUUGAUGCCCGUCAUCAUUUAGUGUUGAUUGGGUUGAGCCAUUCCUUGAGUAUCAAUGGUAAGGACUCGAGUCACCUCCAGGAUCUCUUUUGUGAGUACUCGCCUAAAACCUUGUUAGGGUUUUCACCAGAGCUUGCAUACCUUAGGGACUGCUCGUCACUCCUGCUUUCCGAAGUCCCGCCUCUCUCCCUGUUUCUAAAGAGCUCCAAUGCUUUUACAGUCGCAAGGUUCUUCACAGAGGUUUUUAACGAAAGCCCGGAGCCUCUGCUAACGACAGCUGAGAAUAUCCCAGAGUUGAACUGUUUCUCGCCGAGACUUAGAACCCUAGUGAAGAAGGUACUUACUUUGGGUCAGGAGGAGAGACCCACGUCCCUACAGUCGGCACUCUGUUGCUUCCUGUUGCUAUUUGGGCCGCCAGAGGGAGAAUGUACGACAAUCACUGACUGCCAGGAAUGGCUCGUAUCAGAAAUAUGUUCCUUUUACCUACGGCCAUCAUUAAAGGGACAGCCUCAUUCGUAUCUCAACAGUGACAUUGACAGUCGACUCUUGUUCACGUACUUGUUAAUAGCUACACCAGAAUCGCUCCUCUCGGCAGUAAAACUGGUUUAUGAUACCUGAUAGACCACCAUCCAUCCAUCCAUUAUUGUAUCCAGUAACACAUCAUGAAACAGAUAGUGCAUGGACAGUGUUUUCAAGGUGUCUUCAGAUGUUACAGUCAAUUAUUAUUCUUCUCAAACAAUCACUAGUUCUUCCUCCCCUUUUGAAAGGGCAGUAUUCAUUAUAUAUUGUUUCAUUCUUUGUGAUUGUGUUCUGUUUUGUUCUCUCUCUCUCUUUUCGUCUUUUUUUUUUAAAUUGGCACUCGUAAUGUGGUGUUUGCUAGCUCUUCUCCCUCCCUCCCUUACUCCAGGAUCACUUUAAUUCAAAAAAGUUUUAAAUUUUACGCUAUUAUUAAGAUAUAUUUAUAUCACACACAACUCUCCCUCUUUUAAUAAUGAUUUUAAUUAUUUGUGUCCUCUCUCUCUCUCUCUCCUAAUAUUCCUCUUGAUACAAAUGACUUAAACGUUUUGUGUGCCAAUUA